AUGUCCAGCACUCCAAACGGCCAUACCAAGCCAGUGCUUUUAGCCACUACAAUCUUGCUCGAGGGCAGUCUUCCCUCUAUGAGUAGCACCAUCGGCACAGCCGAUUGCAAACGAACGGAUGGGUUAUCUUGGCGCAAACGGGUGGACCCACCUCUUAUCCAAUACCGCGCCUUCAGCAGCAUCUCUUGCCCCGACGAAGAAGAAGGAAGAAAGAUUGAUGAUAUGAUGGCUGCAUAUAUGGAUACUGUUUCCCGGGAGUGGGCACAGCGGCAAGCUGAGUCCGCAGAUCCAUCCACUGUACCACAUUGGGAAGACCCAGUGGCAAGGUUUCAAGAAUACACUCAACUCGCUCUUCUACACAAGACUGACCAGCUCUCUGAGUGCAUGAGCGACGUCUAUGCCGCAGGGGGCGAAUGGCCAUUCACUUAUCGCGUUUACUCUAGCGUGAAUGACUUUUUGGAUGCCGGGGGUGAGCUCUUUCAUCCGAAUCACCAGCCCUUGGAUACUUCUGAGUAUGCAGAUAGACUAGAGCGUGCUGUGACGAGUGCCAGGGGUGUGGAUGAGCUAGAAUCUGCGUCUUCAGACACCAUCAAGCUGACCUUUACUACCGACGUCAGUAAGCCCACGAGGUUGGAGAGAAAUCGUCUUCGUAUAGCAGCAAGCGAGGAAUCUGGAAAUGAGAAGCUGGUAGAGUCGUGGAGGGUGUUGCUUCCCGAAGUAGGAAUCGUAAGCCGGAUCACGGAAGAUUCUCCUGACUGGAUCAAGAAGAGUAAAAGCGCGCAUGAGUCCUUCAACCAGUCUAUCAUUGAGGCAAUUGGAGAUUCAUUUGACCCAGGGAGCACCGUCCAGCUGGGGCCGCAAACGACCUCGGGAGAGUUUGUCACAAGAACCGGGCGCCUCGAACAUCGCCUUUUCAAGCAGGCAGCGUACAUUGCAGCCGAUCAAGUGUCUUCGACCCACAGCGAGAGGCGUGCAACAGAUGAUAGCGAAGAGGCUGAAGGACAUCCGGUGAAAGCUGCUUGGCUCGAACAAUCCAUGUUUGAUGUUGUCAAUGAAAAGCCCGCAAAAGAGAGACUAUUCUACUCUCAACGGCUUUCGAAGUAUGAGAACUCUAUUGAAGACGGUCUCUUGAAGCUGCGGGACGAAGGCGAAGGGGGAGGCGACGGAUUCGAAUCUGGAACGAGGGAAUGGGGCGACUGGGCGUAG